AUGAGCGACCCGCUGAACCUCCAGGCUCUUCCGGCCGCGGGGCUCGAAGACGUGUCCCCCCUGGAGACCGUGAGAGGAAGAAACGCCACGAACCCUCUGAUGCUGCUGAGUUUCCCCAGGUCCCGGUCGGCUCUGUGGGACGGCCCCUCGGGAGACAUGCUCCGCCUCCAGCUCUGCUCGCACAGGAAGCCUCGUGUGGUGCUGGUGGAGAAAGCUCUGCGACUGGCUCAGCGUCACGUCCGUCACAGCAACAAGCCCCGCCUCCACGGUUUCUUCCUGGGAUCAGUGUCUGUGGACUCAGAUGAGGAGGGGGUCACUGUGACUCUGGACCGCUUUGAUCCGGGUCGGGACCAGGUGGGAUCCUCGGCCAGGCUCCCUACUGCUCUGCUUCCUGGAGACGUCCUUGUUCCUUGUUUGUUUUCCACUCAGACGGAGACGUCACCUGUCACCGUUAUCCAAUCAGAGGCCGAGAUCCAUCACAGCGUCAAGGCGCUGCAGCAGUUUGUGAGCAGCAGACAGACUCUGGACCUGUCUCAGCUGAUAAAGGUCAGAGGUCGUGUGGUCUGCUCUCAGCAGUCUGACGCCAUGGCGUUUGGUCUCAGCUGGCAGGCCGUCUGUCCGUCUGUCGGCGUGGACGUCCAGCCGGUCCGAGCCGUCCCCAUCAUCCCCACUGCUCUGCUGAGGAGUGUGACCGGCGUGGGCCGGACGCUGCAGCACGCCACCAACUGCCACAGAGGGUUUCUGACCAUGGAUCAAACCCGGAAGCUGCUGCUGCUCCUGGAGUCAGAUCCCAAAGCUGCCAACCUGCCGCUGGUCGGACUCUGGCUGAGUGGAGUCACACACAUCUACAACCCUCACGUGAUGUCCUGGUGUCUGAGGUUCCUGUUCAGCUCCGCCCUGCAGGACCGAGUUCUGUCAGAGAGCGGCUGUUUCCUGCUCGUUCUGUUCGCUGCCACUCACAGAGCUCCACAGUUCUUCCAGUGUCGAGGACCGGGACCGGGACCUGGACCUGGACCGGGACCUGGACCGGGACUACAGCUGGACUGUGAGUUCCUCAGCGCCUCCCAGUCUGUCACACUCUACCAGGUGGCGCCGGUGGACGGUCAGUCUCUGCAGUGCGAGCUGUCUUCAGACGAUCACAGACAGACGGAGACGUUCAGAGCGGCUCAGAGCUCCUUUAACAGCGCCCCCCCGUCAGCUGCCGGUGUCUCCGUCACUGAUCAGGACUCUGGAGUCGAAGACGAAGACCUUUCUCCACGACCGUCCCCGAGUCCUCAUGCCCCCCCCAGUCGUCGGGUUCAACCUUCUGUUCCGGAACUCUCUCUGCUGAUUGACAGCAGCUUCACCUGGCGGGACCCUGGCUCCGCCCACAGAUCACCCCCAACUCUGACCUGCAGCCGCCCUCCACCUGCUACUCGCCUUACACCUUGCACUGGUCAGGUGGGCGGAGUCGUACCAGCAGACACCUACCAGCUCCUCCUCCAGCAGGACCGGCAGCUCCGCCUCCUGCAGGCUCAGGUUCAGAUGCUGCUGGAGGCUCAGAGGAGUCAUGUGACCACUGAGGAGCCGAGGGGCAGGACCAGCGUCGCCGUGGGGACAGGUGCCAGUCUGUUCUGGGCAAACCCAGUCCAGCCCCUCCCCCAUCAGGAGCCACAAGCCCCACCCCCCACCUCUCCCUCCUCCCCGGGCCCCUCCUCCUCCUGCAGACACUCCUCGUCACGUGACCUGUCCGUCACUGAGACUGUGGGCGGUUCUGAGGCCUGUGACAUCACAGAUCCGAUGUCUCCCUGCUCCCCUAGUGGUCAACACAGUUGUUUGCAGAGUCCAGCGAGCGCCACUGAGAGGGCGGAGCAGCAGAGCUUCUACAGGAACCUGAUGACUCAGCUGACCAGUCGUCUGCAGGAGUCGGACCAUGGACAGGAAGUGGAGUCCAGGAGGAGAAGUGAGUCUGCGGACUCGUCCCCGUCCAGCAGGAGGCAGCAGAGUUCCGACCCGGUGGUCAGCGCCACGCUGCGCCAGCUGCAGCAGCUCGGCGUGGACGUGGACAGAGACGAGCUGACGGAGUCGGACAGGAAGAGGCUGCGAGAUGUGGAGAGUGUGAGCACGCUGGCGAGCAUCAACCCAGCCGCUGUGGCGAGCAGACUGGGCAUGUCUGAUCUGAGCAGAGUGGGCGUGUCUGAUCUGAGCAGAGUGGGCGUGUCUGAUCUGAGCGUCAGCUCGCUGUGUCCAGGCGCCAGCGUGGAUCUGAGUCUGGAGGCCAACGCCAUCGCUCUGCGUUACCUGAGCGACUCUCAGCUCAGCAGGUUGUCUCUGGGAGGCCACGCCCCUCGUCAGGUCCCCACCUCCUCUGAAUACCUGCUGUCGCCUAGCAACAUGUCUCUGGGCACCAGGCAGUACAUGAGGAAGUACGGCCUGAUCGAGGAGGAGGAGGACGGCGAAGAAGAAGAAGAGCAAGAGGAGGUCACAGUUCAAGGGGCGUCGACUCGACAGCCACUGACCGAAGCUCCGAACGUGAAGCCCCUCCCCCAGAGUCAGCUGAUCAGAGACCUGCUGCCGAAGAUGCAGUUAUUGGCCCGAAAAGCCACGCCCCUCAGCGGCGACAAGGAGAACUGCUCCAGCAGGCGUCCGUCUUCCAGGAGGACGAGCCCGCACCAGGCGGGGGGGGGGUCGGUGGGGGGGUCGGUGGGAAACAUCCUGGACCUGAGUCGCCUGAGACAACUGCCCAAGCUGUUCUGA